UAUCAGAUUUUUAUAUUGCAUCACUAUCACAUAAUAUAUUAAUCUUUGUCAUAAUAUGCUUAGUUUUGAAAUUAUAUUGAUUUACUUAUAAGAAAUAAUACAUAUUCCCAAUUUGAUAUUUUGAAAGUUCUUUAAAUAGAAAAAUUAUAAUCGUAAAAGGCAUGUAAUUAUAUGUUUUAGAACAGUGCUUGUCCAUUUCCGUCGUGUUGCAUAAAUUUAAAUUACAUUUUUCUAGUGGCUCACAUUAUUGUAUAGACUAAGGAAAUAUUUUUCUUAAUCUCUUGAAAUAUUAAAUUUUCAAAACAUUAAAUUAUAUAGAUGCAUUAAUUAAUUAUUUUCUUGCAAUUUUUGAGUUUAUAUUAGUUAAUGCAAUUUUUGAAUCUCUUUGAUUUCCCAGUUCAUAUAACAGAAUCUCAUUAUUGUUUCUUUAAAUAAAAUUUGGGAGUUCAAAUACUUAAAAUUGCUUGCAAUUAUAUGUAGUAAAAAUAAUUCUGUUAGAUUCUUGGAAUUGAAUGCUGUUAUUCAUAGUAUUAUUUUGGAAUUUACAGGAAUUAAUGUCAAAAGAGAUGGCUAAACUAAAUCGAGAUGUGCUAAUGCUAAGAGAAGAUCAGGCUCCUAAAGUUGGAGCAAGCUUGAGCCAAUCUGAACCAAGGAAGAUUUCAAUGGUUGGCAUUAAACCUCACAUACCUGACUUGAAUGUGAAACCUUGUUCUGAUUCCGACGAGGAAGAAAAAGGAGAAAUUGCAAAAGAAUUUCAGAAUCUUGCAGGUUUAAAAACUCAUGAUGCCUGUUAUGUUGAUCAUAAGCUUUUGUACGAGCUUGAGGUCGAGAUCAUUGCUCGUCUACCAUGCUUUGAAUACUGGAAACUGCAGUUUCUUAACAAGAAAUUCUUGCAGUUAUUAAAGAGCUGUGAAAUUUUCAGGGUGAGAGAAGAAAGGGGACUUGUGAAACCCUAUGUGAUUUUGCAUUCAGGGGCUGUAUCUAAUUGGGAAAUGUUUGAUAAGGAUUUUAAAACCUUUCGGAGACUUCCUAAAGUUCCUUCUUCUGACUAUUGCUUUUUCCACAGCGAUAAGGAAACAGUUAGUGUGGGUACUCAACUAAUUGUCAUAGGGAGAGAAAUAGAUGGAAUUGUGGUGUUUCGCUAUGAGCUAGAGAAUCAUAAGUGGUUCAAAGGUCCUUCAAUGAUCACACCGAGGGCCAUGUACGGUUCUGCGAGCCAUGGUAAAACCGCAUUUUUUGCAGGAGGCAUUAAAAUGGAUGAAAAUGGGAACCCUAUUGUUGUGCAAACUGUAGAAAAGUAUAAUGCUGAUACAAAAAGGUGGACUAUGAUUAAUGGAAUGCAUAAAGCAAGGAAGUUCAGCUCAGGAUGUUUCUUGCGUGGAAAAUUUUACGUCCUCGGUGGCCGAGAUGAUAAUGAUAAACACCUCACUUGUGGAGAAAGUUAUGAUGAGACGACAAAUUCUUGGGAGUUGAUACCUGACAUGCUAAAAGACAUGACAGUCAUUGCGCAUUCCCAAUCUCCGCCCCUUAUUGCUGUGGUUGAUGACAAUCUAUACAUGUUAGAAACAUCUUUGAACGAGCUUCGGGUAUAUGAUAUAAACACAAAUAUUUGGAAGAAACUUGGUGUUGUCCCUGUGAGCGCAAACGCUGCCUUCGGUUGGGGGAUUGCGUUUAAAUCGAUGGGAGACAGACUUCUGGUGAUUGGAACUUCUCACUCUUGGCAUAGGAAGACAGUAGUUCACUCAUGCCGUCCUUCUCCAGACGUGGAAGAGCAGCACUGGGAAGAAAUAAAACAUUGGUGUGUUGGUGCUGAGCUCCCACAGUUUAUUCAUAACUGUUGUGUGAUGUUUGCUUAAAGUUUUUUCCAAGGAAAACUUGGAAACUUAUUUGUUUUUGCAUUUGUGCUUAAAGUUGUUGCAUUUGGUUUUAAGUUGUUUGGUUUGUGUUUUUCUGAUUUUUUUGUUUUUCAUUUGGGAUAAAAAUGUUGUUGUUUUCCGUUUUUUUAAGUGCUUAUGUUUG